UGGCUGCGACGACGACGGCGGCGGACGGACGGCCUAAGCUACACACACACACACAUUACACACAAUAUACAAAUAUGGCUGCUAUACGUUAUCACAUCGACGGGGCGACGACGACGACGGCGGCGGCGAUUUUGCACCAACAAAAACUAGUUUUAAUAGAAUAUAUGGUAGUAUUAUGAAUUAAUAAUAUCGCCGUUGUUGCGGAGACUAGUGUAACAAAAUAUAAUAUGAAAUAAUAAUGCGGGACUACGAGUUUUAUUAUUAUUAUUAUUAUUGUUAUGUUACAUGUAUGUAAUAUAUUUUUUCCAUCCCAUAGCUGCCUGGUAUUGUGCAACGUCAUCUAUUCGGCAGGGGCCGUGGCCGGAGGCGCGGACGUGCCCGCCGCACAGGUAAUUUUUGUCCGGCGACCGCGGCAACACUGUACCUCAGAAACUCCCUUACACCGCUUAUCAAUGUUAUCAAUGUUAUCACAGCCGUGGACGGACGACGUCCCCUGCUAGCCGCUCGGCGAUCAGGCGAUAUUUUUUCGAAAUCUCAUGCUCGACAGGCCGUGUACCAUGUAGAGAUAGAUAGGUAGAUAUUAAAAGAGAAAAAAUCUCAUAUGCUAGUCCAUUGAAUGCUGGUUUUGGCCGCCGGACAAAUUGUGGCUCGAUGACGGCGCCGACAAAGUGGUGCAUGCGGUACUGUUCGCUGCCCGUCGCGUACCACCGGGAAGACGGCCCGAAAACGCCCGGCACGGUCAGGACGGUCGUGUUCAAAGUGGAAGUGGACGUCGCCACGAAGGAUGCCAUCGUCGAAGGCCGGACCGUUUUGCAAGACGACACGGUGGCGUUACGUCUGACGGCGAUCGAGGAUUGCGCCAACGAAGCCGAAGGACGAGCGUGGACGGGUGAACUGACAAUCCAAGACCUACAAAACCAAUGCAAAAACGGAAAUGUUUCCAACUAUUAUUGUAAUUUGUUAAUGGCCCUCAAGAGCCUGGAACCAGAAGACGGUGACAACGUUGCUGCCGAGACGAAACAAAAAGUGUUUGUUCACUCGGCGACCGAAGUGGCAAACUGCAGUCUGAAAUUUUACUGGAAACAAAAAUUGGAACCGUUUGGUUUGGCGAGAUACGGUCCUAUACUGCUGAAAAAGGUUUCGUUUAUUCGUUGUUGUAUGGAUAAUUUGGCCGAGAUGUUGGUCACGAUAAAUCAACAACAGACUGACAUACGCCAACGCCGCAGUGAAAUCAGACAACUAUGUUCGGAAAACGCCACGUUGGUGAAUAUGUUGAAUACAAUGUCGACAGAAAAACAACAACACGAGAAGCAACUAUUGGAAAAGUUUGUGUGCAUACUGAAUGAAAAAAAAAAGAGGAUUCAAUCACAGCAGCAAACUACUAAUACUGAACAAUCGUUGCCUGUCGUUAACCGUAAUAGCACCGUUAACAAAAAUAAUAUCGAAGCAACAAAAAGCGCUAAAAGAUCGCUGAGUUGUAAAAAAACUAAUUCUGCAAAACGAAAGACUACAAUAAUCGAACAAUCUUUCGAUGUCGGCCGGAAAGAAGCGAAUGAAAUAAUGGAAACCGACAAAGCUGCCGACGUAGUAGUCGAUCCGUACGAGUUGGACACCCAAAUCGAUUCGCCCGAAUCGUCGUCACUUGGAAUUAAAUGUGAACAAACGUUCAAUGUCGGCCGGAAAAAAGCCAAUGAAAUAACGGAAACGGAAAAAGCAGCCGGUGCCGACGUAAUCGAUCCGUACGAGUUGGACACCCAAAUUGAUUCGCCCGAAUCGCCACCGGUGUUGAGUUGGGCGGCUUUCGAUUGCGGUAACGUCCAACGAGAACACGCGCACCUACCGGUCGCUAUUCCGGAUGAAAAAUCAAUUACAGUGUCGGCCACAAUUGUCAACGACGGUCGUCAAAGUGCCGCCGCGCCGCCGCAGUCUGUUCGACGACAAACGACGAUGUGGUCCGAGGACAAUUAUUGACUUCAGCGGAACAAAACAUCAAUGCUCGAUCCAAUGAUGACGAUGAUGUACACCAGGAAAACAUUAAAGGCCCUACGGUUUCGUCGCUUGCCAACGCCGUUGCAAAGAGCGCUAAAAUUAGUAUUUUUGACAAAUUAUGGGGUGGUAUAGGAGACGAUUAAUAAUAACUGAUUCAAAUACAAUGUUUCUGCUCUUCUGUGCUCAUCACCCUUUAGGUUUCAAAACCUAUUUCAAUAACACUUUAAUUUUAUUACUUGUUACAAUCAUUGUGUUUUUAUAAUUAUUACUAUCACACUAUUCUCAGUUGUUUAAUAAAAACUAAGUCUGUUAAAUGUAUAACUCGAUAAUUAAUUAUUGACCAAUUUUUGUUGUUUUUUUUUUUUACAGAAAUUAAUUAACAAUUAGAUUAGAUUGUGUGUACAUUCAUUUAACUACUGUUUUAACGAAAGUGAUCACCACGCCGUUAACGUACGGGGUUAGCGGUUUAUUAUUAUUGUUGUUUACUUAAAGUUUUACAUUUUUUUAUACAAUAAUAUUGUGUAUUAUUUUUACUCAAUAAAGUUUAACUAAUUUUUGA